CCAAGGGAGAGGUUAUUGAUUUUUGUCAGUAACAUUGCAUUGGCCAACUCUACUGCGGCCAGGCUGGCCUAUAAACUGGUAGCUUCCCAUUCACAACGCAGGGAUGUAGAGCACGCUUUUUACAAGAAGUGGACAGAGAGAAAGAGGGAGGAAAAAAACUAAAAAGAAAAUAUGCUUCACCUUUAAAUGAUGAUCUGUACGUUUCUAGUGGUGACUACAUCAUUUUGCGGCGGUUUCAGGAAUAAACAACUGUGCGUCAAGGAAUUGCUGAUGCUGACGAUGUAAUGGAAGCAGCUGUCAAAUGGAAAGAAGUGGUGGCCGAGGAAGCCAUCAUGCCAGCUCGACUACGCCAUCUCGGUCAGACCCGGCUCAAGCCGCCAAGGUGAACCCCUCACAGAGGUCACAGCAGAGGUCAAAGAUCUAUGAUGUUUCUGUGCCCUCGAAGCAGACGGCGACCUUCCCUCAAGGUCAGGAUCAGGGACUCAGCUUCCUGGCCAUCGCUCAGGCUGCCAGUAACAGACCGAGCUCCAGCAAGCCGUCUGUGCCGGAACACAAAACGUCAAACAGUCUUCCAGCCCGGGCUUCUCUUAAUGUGUCUUCAUCAUCGGGUCAAGGAGACAGUAAAACAGGUCAAGCCAAUCCAGCCUCCAUUGCUCAACUUGCAAACAGUCUGAAGGAGCAGAGCGUUGCGUCCAGCACAAAGUCUAAAAGUCACGGUGCGUCUAGUGAGAAGGUAAAAUAUGACACGCAUCCAGGUUCACACAAAUCUGGACAAAAGUCCAAAUCGGCAGCAAAUCAGAAAUCUAAGACUAUUAUCAGAAGUGAGGAAUAUGGAGUGCCAGCAAAGGCAAAACGACCUGAAAAUCUGCCAAAGUCACAAAGUGAUUUUAUUGCUGAACAUUUUCCUGCUAGUCCUAAAUCUAAGGUUCAUUUCAAGUCUAAAUCACAGGAUAAAACAAACGAGGUUAAGCGACAAUCAUCUGAACCUCUCCCCCCAAGUGAGCUUCAUAAAAAAUCAGGUCACAAGUCAAAGAGCAGUAGUAGAGAUGAUAUAGAAAGUGUCUCGAAUGAAAAGACCAAACAGUCUGUGAUAAAACCUAAAAGGAGUGCCAGUGUUGAUUCUACUCUGUCUGGUAACAAGAAGUCAGCUGAUGCACAAAAGUCUUCAAGUGAUCAUUCUCAGUCUAACUCAAGAACUAAAUCAUCCAGUGGUAAAACUGAUGAAGUACUUUCAGAAGGUUCUGUGCCAAAGAAGAAAAUCACCUUCACGAACAAAGACUCGUCAUCAUUUAGUGUGAUCACAGAACAACCCAGCAGCAUCCAGAAGAGGUUUUCAAAGGAUGGAGGCAACAAGACGGUGAUCAUUGGCCUGGACAGUGUGGUUGCCCCAAAGGUCCAGACCAGCGUGCCUGUCCUGAACCACCACAAACAACAUGAGCCGAAGAAGACUCUCAAGAAACAGGCCACAUCCUCCUCCAGCGGAGUCUCGCUGGAGUCUGUCGCCACGACGGCCACCAGACUGGACGAUGUCCAUGUUGACCUCACAGAGAUCGUGGAGGACCAGGGCUACAAACCCGUACAUUCCACAGAGGGGAUCCAGGUUCAGCUGGGCAUCCCGAGUGCACCGUACCACCGCAUCGUGCACGUGACGACUCGCAGCAUCUGCCUGAGCUGUGCCGGGGCCCUGCUGCUGCUGCUCGGUUCACUGCUGAUGUUUGGUCCGGUUCUCGUGCUGGUCAUCGUCCUGGUUCCCCUGUGUCUGCUCGUCAAGCGGCUGUGUGACGUCUGCUGCUGCUGCCGCUACUGUGGUCACUGCUGCUCCUUCUGCUGCACGGAGCACGUCUCACAGACGGAACAGAUCUGGUUACAGAAGUCACCCAGCAGCUGUCCCGUCGUCCAGAGUCUGGUGAUCCUGCAGCACGGGAUGGACAUAGACAGGAUUCGCGAUCUCAUCAAUGCUCGGCUCAUCUCGGCCGAGGACCGGCGGGGAAACCGACUCUAUCCACGCUUCACGCAGAGGAUCGUGCCCUUCUGCUGCGGCUACGCAUGGGUGAAUGACCGACGCUUCAUCAUCAGUAAUCACAUCUUCGACAUAACACUGCGACUGCGGUCGCUGGAAGAUCUGCAGGAGUACAUUGCCGACAUGGCGUCCCACCCUCUGCCCAUGGAGUACCCACUGUGGGACAUCCAGAUCUACCAGAACUUUGGCCCGCAGAGAGACACAGUUCUACUGUUCCGAAUGCACCCAUGCAUGACUGACGGAAUCUCCAUGAUACAGAUUCUUCAACAGGCUCUUGUGGAUUCGCAGGAUGUGGUUUUACGACCUUUUCAUCGAGGAAUUGGCCCGGCGUUUCUGGGUACUUUCCGUGCAUUUUUCUUUGGCCCUUUGCUGUUCUGUUAUAAAUAUCUGUGUCUGAAGAAUGACUUCAACCUCCUCCACGGGAACCACGUUCACCCGUCGGGCGAGAUGGCGAUCGCGUGGUCAGCUCCCUUCAGCAUCCGGGCAGCCACAAGGAUCAAACAGGUGGCGAGAUGCACUCUGAACGAGCUGUUCAUGGCCGUUACCGCGGGCAACAUCCGCACGUACAUGCAGCUGAGCGGGAUCACGAACCCGUUUAACCUCAAGUGUGUAAUCCCCAUCGACUUCCACAGCGGCGCGGCCAACGUCACUGACAUGGCCAACAAAUACACCCUGGCCGUGUUGCCACUCCUCACCAAUGUGGAAGGUGCUAUCCCACGGCUCUGGGGCGUCAAGACCAAGAUGGACGAGUUCAAACAGUCGCCCGAGGCGGCGGCAGUGAAGGGCGCCAUGUGGCUGACGAGCGCGAUCCUGACGAAGCGCGCGUACAGCAGGCUGUGGAGCCACAUCUACGGCAAGACAACCUGCCUCAUCUCCAAUCUGGCUGGUCCAGAGAACACACUGAGGCUGGCCUCACACGAGAUCAAGUGCAUCAUGUACUGGCUGCCCCCCAUGGACCGCGUCACCCUCGUGGUGUCCUUCCUCACAUACGGAGAUCAAAUACGAAUGUCUGUGAUAUCCGACCGCUCAGUGCUUCCAAAUCCCGAAGUUAUUACUAAAGACUUUAUUUUCCAGAUGGAGACCCUGUCGAAGCUGCUAGCUCACCGCCGUAUCCCGGGUGAACAGCUGCAUCGUCGAAUGGAAUCUAUGCACCUGCUGUCCAGCUACACGCUCAGUGAUCUCACUGCCGAACAGCUCCAGCUCCAGAUGUCUCUGAUCCAGAACGAGCUGCACGACUUGAAGCUGCAGGUGGAGUCUGAGUCGACCCACAAGAUCUCGCACAACGAGACGCACUGCAUCAAGAAGAUCGAGAACCUCAAGGAGCAAUUCCGCGAACUCAUGGUGGAGCUCCGCCGUAAGAAGGCCACCGACAGUGAGGGGGCUGUCACGAUCUCAUCAGAGGAAGAAUACGAGAGUGAUCCAGACAGGGUACAACGGCCGUUCCGUCGCCGGACGACGUCCGUGUCGUCUAAGAUGUCAACAUCAUCCGUCGCCUCAACGAUACGGCCCCUGUCAACUGCCCCCCCAUCAAGCCAGCCCUCACCAACACAUGUUGCUCUCCCAUCAUGGCCGGAGCUUGAGGUGAAUGACAUCCAGGAAGCAUUCCUGACAAAGCGGGUCGGCGGCUACAGGCAGCAGCUGUCCACGAUGGAGGAGUAUGAGAUGGAGGCAUCCCCGCGGCCGGGCUCAUCGCGCACCGACCACAGAUGACAAACGGACAGCAGU